GAUUUGGUAAUCCCCACAUCUCCGGCAGAAACCAUAUCAUUGGAAGAGAAGGAAGAAAAUGUAUUCCAAAAUUCAAAGUAUAGGGAAACGGUUAGAAAAGAGAUUAUUCACAUUAAAGAAAGAAACUUCGGGAUCAAGAAUCACUUACAACACUUCCUGAAGAGGAAAGACCUAAAGACCUCAACUCGGAUGCUCAGUCACGCAAUAACACAUCAUUCGAAGCAUCGGCUAAUUCAGAUGAUAGUAAAUUACCUCCAAAAGGCAAAAUACGUAUGUAGCGAAGCGAAUUCAAAGUGUAGGAAAAGUGUAGGCAAGCUUAAGCAAGAAUUUUUUACCCCUGAGUUGUUUUCACAAGAGUCAUCAAUAGAACAAUAUCAUGCAACCAAAAUUUCUGAGACAUUAUGUCCCAGAAAAGUUACUUCUGGUGACAAUUCUAGCAUUGAUGAGACCUCACAACAUCUAGAUCAGUUAUGUGAUAAAGCUUUUGAUGCUGAAGAUAGAGCGAAUCGAGCUAAUCAGAAGGAAAUUUUAUGCUGGUCCCUCUAUGCGAAGGAUUUCAGAAUUCAGCACAACGGGGUUAUAGAAAAUAGUGGAGAGGUUAUAGAUUAUGGGAUAUCUUCAGAAAAGUUACCUCUAGUAACAGAUCAUGUGGCCAAAAUUUCCAAGACAUUAUGUCCAGGAAAAAUUUUAUCUCAAGAUUUACCAAAAACAGAG